GCCUGUAGCCUGUAGGCCAACACGUGGUGUCAAGGCCUAGCUUCCUUUCUGCUUCCCUUGUUUGCUGCACUGUUUGGCACCACUGCUUCUGACGUACUGUCCUGAUGAGAUUCGACCCUUCAGCCUCGGGGCUUCUGAUUUCUGAUUUUGGCUGUAGCUGGCCAGCUCAGCUGCGGUCUCGUGAGCUAAAAAUGAUCGACCAUGAGCGAGCUAUCCUCAAGGGCGGUGUGCAGCAUUGCACUGUGCAUCAGCAGGACCAGCGGAGCAAAUCAACAAUUGAACUGCGAUCAAGCUGGUCCGUAAUGCUAUGAGGAGCAGGGGUGAUGCGCCAGGUUUUUGAAAAAGGUCACUGUAGAAGCCUCCCUCGCCUUCAUUGAACCUGACCAGAACUCUGUGGGCCUCGCUCAGAGUGGAUCUGGUUCAUUCGGCAGCCACGCACUCCCCCACAGAAUCUACGAUGGACACGUCAAGCACGCCCCCAGAGGCUGAUGCAACAGAUGUGCGCCCCAAAGAAAGGCCCAAUGGCGUCGAGAUGAGCUCUCUGCCUGCCACCACGGUUGAACCAAUUCCCGAAGGCGCCCUUGCCCCCUCCUCUGCUGGCGACACUGCACAUCUUGCUGGCCCGAUUGCUGAUCCUACACCCCCUCCCGGUUCAACUAUUAACCCUAUAAACCCUGCUCACGUGACCGCUGAUACUGCAGCCCCCUCUGGCUCUAUGGCUGACAACUUACCCCCCCCUGGCCAAACCGCUGAUACUUUCCCGCCCCCUGGCUCGACCACCGAUACUGCACCCCUCCCUGAGCUUCCUGCUGACAAUGCGAACCCCACUGAGCGGGAUGUUGGCACUGCUGGUCCUAGAGCAUCCCCUGCGCUGUCUCUCUCCAAGCAGAGCCUGGGCGCCCAUGCAGACGCAGCGAUUGCGGCCAUGGAAGCCACAGUAACCACUGAGGCGACCAACGGCACAGAGGCAGCCGCAAGCGACAGUGGUUCAGCAGUGCACCCGCUGCUGGUGUUCAUCAACUCCAAGAGCGGGGGCCGGGUGGGGCCCUCGCUGCUGGCAGGGUUCCAGAAGCUGCUCGGCAAGAGUCAGGUAUUCGACCUCUCAGUGAACCCGCCGGGCCCCAUCCUGGCCACCCUCCUGCAGCGCCUCGAUGCGCAGGUGAAUGCUGGGAACGCUGCUGCAGCCGCCACCCGCACCGCCAUGCGUAUCCUGGUGUGUGGUGGAGACGGCACUGUGGGGUGGCUGCUGGCCAGCCUGGAGGCGCUGCGCCUGGAACGGCCCCCGCCCGUUGCGGUCGUCCCGCUGGGCACAGGAAACGACCUGUCUCGUACCUUUGGCUGGGGCGGGUCGUUCUCUCUACCGCGCCCGCCUGGCCUGGCCAAUUACCUGCAGCGCGUUGCACAGGCGACCCCCUCUCUCAUGGACAACUGGCGCGUGGAGCUGUUCCCCGCAGAUGCGGCCCCGCUGUCUCUCCCCCAUGCGCUGCACCCCCAUCAGCUGCAGCCAACCUCUCACCCCCUUUCCCACCACCAGGGCCAGACCGAUGUGGAGGGCUUCCGUGGCGGCUUUUGGAACUACUUCAGCUUAGGCAUGGACGCCCACACUGCGUACGCCUUCCACCACCUGCGCGAGCGCAAGCCAUGGCUCGCGCGCGGCCGCAAGGUCAAUCAGGGCUUGUACGGCUACUACGGCUGCGCACAGGGCUGGUUCUGUCUGCCCUGCUCCUGUUCCCCACACGAUGUAUCCGCGGUUGCGCGCAUCCAGUAUGCCAGCAAGGACGGCGUGUGGCACCCACUGGAACUCAACUCCAACGUUCGUGCGGUGGUGGUGCUGAACCUACAAAGCUACGCUGGGGGUCGAGACCCCUGGGGCCACCCAAGCCGCAGUGAACAGGCCAAGCAUGGCUUCGUUCCUGCCACGGUGGACGACGGCCUGCUGGAGGUCGUGGCCUUCACCGACGGCUGGCACACCGCGGCCGUCAUGGCCAAGGCCGCGCACGGGCGCCGACUCGUGCAGGCGCACGCGUUGGUGGUAGAGCUGCACGGGGAGCGCGCCCCGCGCGCGUACUUGCAAAUGGACGGCGAACCGUGGGUGCAACCCUGCGAUCCAAGCAAGCCCCCGGCCGUGCUGCACAUCACGCACAGCGGCCAGUCGGUCGUGUUAGCCACCAAGGGGAGCAAGGUUCGCUCCAGCACGCUGGGCCAGACGGUUGCGCAGACUGCGCCCGGUCCGCCAAAGCCCCCCGCGGAGGUGGUGGAGAGAGCGAAAGAGGGGGUGCAAGGGGCUAAGGCAAGGACAGGGGAAGUAGAAAUGGUGCAGAGAGAAGAGGAAGCGGCAGUGGACCGAGUCAAGCGGACACAUUGAGUAUUCCAGCCUCAGUUUUUGCAAGCUAAGUGCCCGCGGAUAUCUUGUGUAACGAUUAAAUGCUUUGCGGUAGCCAUGCGCGAGCUCAGAAGGUGUGCACACUUAAUCUCACUCAAAUCGGCCUGACAUUCGUUUCAGUAGGGCCGUUCCACGCAUAAAGACACUGAAGCCUUGAUGAGGAUCCACCAUUUGAAUCAGCAACUUAGCAAGUGGUCGACUCAACGUAUCAUGCAUCAUUACAAAGUCGAAUGAGUACCGGA